AUUUGGACGUUGGUGGUUGGUUACCUGCUGCUGGUUUCAUUCAAGUGGAAUGUAAGCACUGAACGUUACUUAAAGGCAGUCUCUGUCCCUGUCUGGAUUAUGCUGCUCUUUCACUUAGCUUCUGUGGCAGGUUCCUGGAGAAUUCCUGUGUUUCUGAUUAUAGUUGUUCUGAUGACUGUAGGCAUGUUGCAUGAACAGCAUGAUGGAAAGGAGUCUUCUGGGGCAGAGCUUCCUGGUCAGAUGAUUUCCAUUGCUGCUUCAACAAUUGCCAUGGCAAUUUCAAUGACAGAAGAUGAGUCCAGUAAUGAACAUUCCUCACAACCCUCAGGAGCAACAGAAGGUGAUCAGCCUCCACAUGCUUCAUCAUCUUUCUCCUCCUCUUCAUCCUCUUCUGGGAGCAGACAAAGACCUGAGAUUGGAUCUUUGCUUAGAAAAAAGAAAACCAGUGAUAUUUACUUUGUUACACUUGUGUGGGCCAUUGUCAUUGUCCAGAUCUGGCUAAAUUUCUGGAUUGUGCAGCUAUUGCCAGUGCCUUUUGCAGUUUGGGCACUUAAAAAACUCGUGAUUCAUUUUGGAGUUUUGAACUUUGUGGCAAACCAUUGCAAAAGUUGGUGGCAACUUGUGGAAAAUUUUGUGAGGGAACGUCAGGAAGCUCUUGCUCCACGGCCCAUCAGAGGUCUCGGAAGAGUCAUGCUAAAGCUUGACAGCAAGCUGUGGCACUGGCUUAAUAAGAAGAUGAUCGUGUGGUUGGAGAAAAUGCUAGAUAAAAUAAUCAGCAUUUUCAUAAUAUUUUUGCUAGUGAUAGGAACCCUUCUGCUAGCCCUGCUCCUUACUGCAAAGGUACAUCAAGAGAGUGUUCACAUGAUUCAAGUCACAAGCAGCUUGAUAAAUGAGACAGUAGCCAGUCACCCAGAGUGGGCAAACUGGCUCCCAGAAGCCCAGGUUAUUCAGAAGGCACUCAAUUCAGCAGCUAAUAAUGUAUACCAAUAUGGCCGAGAAUGGAUUACACAUAAGCUCCAUAAGAUUUUAGGAGAAAAAGUGAAUAACACCGCUGUGAUUGAAAAACAAGUGCUAGAGCUCUGGGACAGGCUUUAUCACUCUUGGUUUGUGAAGAAUGUAACACAUUCUGGAAGACACAAAGGACACAAAUGGCACAUAAACCGUCAAAACAGCUGGCUUGGUGAUAUUCUGGACUGGCAAGAUGUUGCAUCAUUUGUUCACGAUAACAUUGAAACAUUUCUUUCGAUCCUGGAGUCUUUGUGGAUAGUGAUGAGUCGCAAUGUGAGCCUCUUGUUUACUACAGUUACAACAUUAGUGACAAUCCUCUUCCAUAGCGGGACAGCUCUUCUCAAUUUUGUGCUUUCAGUGGUGAUUUUUCUGACCACACUGUUCUACCUAUUGAGCUCCAGUGAUGAAUACUACAAGCCAGUAAAGUGGGUGAUAAGCCUGACACCUUUGUCUCAACCAGGACCCUCCUCAAAUAUAGUUGGCCAAUCUGUGGAGGAAGCAAUAAGGAUGGAAGACAAGCAAAAUAUAAGACCCAUGUAUCAAAUGGUGGGAGCAAUCAGGGAUUCGUCAAGGGCAAGGCAUGCCAUGCGUAUACGUGAGAGGUUGUUUGCCCAGAUUAGUGGCACAAGGACAGACCAAUGA